AUGUCAGACCUGCAUGCUGCCUGUUCACGUGGGGACGUUGAGAAAGUGUUAGAACUUCUGCGAGGUGGAGCGAAAACAUCGUGCGUGAACUUUCGCAUGGAGACGCCUCUCCACAUCGCAUGCGCACUUUUGCGGGGCAGGACGGAAGAGAAGAUGGAGAUUGUGAAACAGCUGCUGCUGCAUGACGCGCCGCUGCAAGCGGAGGAUGAGCGCGGGCGAACGCCUCUCAUGCUCGCCUGCGAAACAGCCAGCACGGAUGUUGUAGUCGUGCUGCUAGACAAUGGAGCCAACGUUCGCACGCGUUACCGUGACGGCAGAACGAUGCUGCACGCAGCCGUGGCCGGCGGGAACGCGCGGGUCCUGGAGCUGCUUCUCGCGCGCGACUCGAUUGAUAUCGACGCGAGAGACAGCAUCGGGGAGACGCCGCUGAUGAGGGCGGUGUGGAAGGGCGAGGAGGCGAUGACCGGGAUGCCGCUGAUGAUGGCGCUGCGGGAGGGCGAGGCGGCGAAGGUGCGGAUGAUGCUCUCCCACGGCGCAGACGCCAAUGUCGCGGACUCGCACGGAUUGACCUCCCUGCUCGCCGCGGCUUGCUCUGGCCGGCGGGACAUCGUGCGCCAGCUACUAGAGGGCCGCGCAGAGCCCAACGUCGCCAAGACGAAGAGCGGAGUGACGCCGCUGAUGAUGGCGACAAGGUACGGCAAGGAGGCGAUGGCGCGGAUGCUGCUCUCACACGGCGCCGAUGCCAACGCCGCAGAAUCGCACGGAUUGACCUCCUUGCACAUCGCGGCUUUCUUUGGCCAGCUGGACAUCAUGUGCCUGCUACUGGAGGCCGCAGCCAAGCCCAACGUCGCCGAUACGAUGAGCGGGAAGACGCCGCUGAUGAUGGCGGUGGCGAAGGGCAAGGAGGCAGCGGUGCAGAUGCUGCUCUCGCACGGCGCCGACGCCAACGCCGCGGACUCGCACGGACAUACCUCCCUUCAUAUUGCGGCUUGCUCUGGCCGGCUGGACAUCGUGCGCCUGCUACUAGAGGCCCGCGCCGACCCCAACGUCGCCGAGAUGAAGAGCGGAGUGACGCCGCUGAUGAUGGCCGUGAGGAAGGGCGAGAAGGCGAUGGUGCAGAUGCUGCUCUCCCACGGCGCAGACCCCAACGUCGCGGACUCGCACGGAUUGACCUCCCUGCUCAUCGCGGCUAGCUUUGGCCAGCUGGACAUCAUGCACAUGCUACUAGGGGCCGGCGCACACCCCAACGUGGCCGAGACGCAGAACGGAGUGACGCCGCUGAUGACGGCGGUGGAGGAGGGCAAGGAGGCGAUGGUGCGGAUGCUGCUUUCACACGGCGCCGACGCCAACGCCGUGGACUCGUACGGACAGACCUCCCUGCUCGUCGCGGCUCGCUCUGGCAGGCUGGACAUCAUGCGCAUGAUAACCUCCCUGCUCGUCGCGGCUCGCUCUGGCAGGCUGGACAUCAUGCGCAUGAUGAUUACUCACCUCUUGAAACACCGAGCUAACCCGAACCUCGUCGAUUGUAACAAGAGGACGCCGCUCGCUAUAAUAGGCAGCAAGGCGGAGGUGAGAAGCCACAGAAUGAGUGAGCGAGGAGCACACGCAGCACCAGCAGAACAAGCGGAGUCGGUGGUACAAGCGGCGUCAGCUCUCCUACAGACGUGCGAGUCCGCCGGCGUAUUUCUACAGGUUAACACACGCGACAUCGUCACAUUCUAUGAGACUCGGAGGCAGCCUGUUCUCAGCACCUCCAUGUACCACGCGGCUUGCUCUGGCCAGCUGGACAUCGUGCGCCUGCUACUUGAGGCUGGCGCCGACCCCAACGUCGCCAUGACGAAGAGCGGAGUGACGCCGCUGAUGAAGGCGGUGAGGGAGGGCGAGGAGGCAAUGGUGCAGAUGCUGCUCUCACACGGCGCCGACGCCAACGCCGCGGACUCGCACGGAAGGAACUCCCUGUACCACGCGGCUCGCUCUGGCUGGCUGGACAUCAUGCGCCUGCUACUGGAGGCCGGUGCAGAUCCAAACGCCGCGGACUCG